AUGCCUUACGGUCAGUCGGCCCUUUUUCGACAUUUGGAUGCCUUCAAUGAAUCCCAGGCUUCUGCGAUGAAUCGUUCUACUACCGUGUCAAGUACGACCUCAAGACCUUCAGUUGGAACCGUGCUCAGUGGUCAGGCCAUAAGCAGUGUGUUGGCUGAUCAGCACAAAGCUGCAGGACUUGUCGUUGGCAGCCCAAUGCGGCUGUUCACCGGUUUUCACGAAGAGGAUGCCCUUGUUUCAGCCCAGUCACCAAACGUUGGUGAGUCAAGGGACGUCAGUUCAUCACCCGUACCAGUUGGCAGUCUAUUUGUUCGCCGAGAUGCAUGGAAACGUUUAAAGAUACCCGAAAAUAUCAGAUCUUCGACUAUUGAACGGUCUACUGCUGCAUUGUCAGAAAUGAGUGGUCGCUCAGAUCCUUCCGUUUUUUUACCGGCUAGCAGCCAGGCAGGCAAAGUAUCCGUAAGCGGAGAUACUGCUGCUGCAGAAACUACUAACACCGCCUCCUCUACAGCGCCCAGGGUGCAGUUCCUCGACGCUACUUCUUUAACGCCAUUGCCGACCCGCAAUGCUAACCAGGUGCCGCAUACAGCUUGUGCAGCGCUCUCUAAUUUGCCGAAAUUUAAUUUGUUUUACAUUUGGGGUCUGUAUAAUUUGAGCUAUUUCUAUGCAAACUGUCAUGGUCACGAAGCGUGCUCGCUAUCUUUGCAUUUGGUUGCACUGCUGAUUGACGUUGAGCUUCUGGCUGAAGCCGACAAUGUUUCUAGCGACGACGAUGAGAGAGCUCGCCGUCCUGGUGGAAUCAAGCUUACUAAGUCCGGCUAUUACAUUUUCCCAACUGUUGAGGAGUUGUCGGAGCUUGUUGACGAAGACGGCCGUUGUGUGGUUCAAAACUUCAUCAUUGGCCGACAGUCCUACGGACACAUAUUAUUUCCUGGUCUAACGGAUAUCACGGGAAUCGACUUCAAUGAUGUUGUGCACAUCCGACGCCGCGAGGUGGUGGUCUAUCCCGACGACUCAACCAAACCACCUGUCGGGUAUGGUCUAAAUCGCAAGGCAGAAGUCACCUUGGACGGCAUUUGGCCAGCAGAUAAAUCAACGCGAGAGUUUAUCAAGUCUCCUCAGCGGCUGGCCGCCAUGCAUUUUGAUGAACGCCUAGAAAAGGCGACUCAGAAAAUGAAUGCAACGUUUAUUGAAUAUCGUCCGGACACGGGAUCUUGGGUGUUUGAAGUAAAACAUUUCUCGAAAUACCGCCUUGAAGAUUCGGACGAAGAAUCAAGCGAUCAAACCCAAGCCUUUCUGCCAGCGAAUGAAAACAACAAGACUAGAGGGCUCUCCCUACCUUUGCAGCACAAUGGUAUUGCUGGUUCGACCACCCCAAGAACCUACGUAUCAUCAUUUGACAACUUGGAAUCGUCUUCGUGUACGGACACUUCACUAUGGACAAGUCAAGCAAAUCCUUCUGAAUUUUGUAAAGCCAAGGACUCACUCCUUUUACGGAAGUAUGGAAGCCUAGGUGAAGAUAUUUUGGGGGUGCAAGAUUACGAUGAAGUGCUGUUUACAGCGGCUUCAGGUGGUCAUUUUAUGCAGAAUCUCUCCGAAGACUUGCCCGAUAUGAAGAAGUCAUCGCAGUUUUCUACCCUCCAUUCCGAUACUCUCCACAUCUCAUACAUGGACAAUCUUCCCAUCACGAAGAAAUCACCUGACUCCUACACGAAGAGCUGUGUACUGCAAAGUAUUACCACUAUCACGCCCUUUCGUAUCAGCUUUCGGGUCCCGGCAUCCAGGGUAGAGUCUCUUCAUGGGAUACAUAAUCCCAUGGCCAACUUAGCGCGUUCACGUGCAAGGAAGGACAGAUUGAUAGCCGUGGAGGACGACGACUUUGCCCUGUCAAGGUUUUCGGUGCCAUACAAGGAAAUCACGGCUCUGUUGGGCGGUUAG